UUUCCGGAACGGUUCAUCAGCAGCCUCCUCAUCAGGGAUUUGACUUUUUCCUUAAGAGAUUUUGUGUUUUUGUUUUUUUUUCCUCGUUCAAAGCGCAUUUAGUUUGUUUCGCUAAACAUGGCCGUCACCGAGGCUGGAUGCGACCUGACUUACUGCAAGAUGAGAGGGAUCGUUUCGGUUCUCACCGCUUUCAUUAAGGAGAGAAAAAUGGGACUGAACGAUUUCAUUCAGAGGCUGGUGUCAACCCCGCAUAUCUGCCAACACACUGAAGUUAACAACUUCUUGAAAGUUGAUGAGAAUCAGAACGAGGAGGUGGAAGAUGAGCAACUCAGUGACAGUCCGAUGUGCCUAAACUCAAGGAGCUCACUGGCAGAGGACACUCAGAUUAAACCUUCCGAUUUUGACUAUCUCAAAGUCAUUGGCAAAGGCAGCUUUGGCAAGGUUCUGCUGGCCAGGCACAAGGAGACCACCAAGUACUAUGCCGUCAAAGUCCUGCAGAAGAAGAUCAUCUUGAAGAAGAAAGAGCAAAAGCAUAUCAUGGCUGAACGAAGUGUGCUGAUGAAGAAUAUCAAACAUCCAUUCCUGGUGGGGCUUCAUUACUCCUUCCAGACUACUGACAAACUCUACUUUGUUCUUGACUAUGUGAAUGGUGGAGAGCUCUUCUACCAUCUCCAGAGGGAGAGGAUCUUCCUGGAGCCAAGAGCGAGGUUCUAUGCUGCUGAAAUUGCCAGUGCACUUGGCUACCUCCAUUCUCUGCAUAUCGUUUACAGGGACCUCAAGCCAGAGAACAUACUUCUGGACUCACAGGGCCACAUUGUUCUGACAGACUUCGGCCUCUGCAAAGAGGGCCUGGAACCCAAUGGGACCACAACAACUUUUUGCGGGACCCCUGAGUACCUGGCCCCUGAGGUUCUGCAGAAGCAGGCGUAUGACCGCACUGUUGACUGGUGGUGUUUGGGAUCUGUGCUCUAUGAAAUGCUCUAUGGACUGCCUCCUUUCUACAGCCGCAAUACAGCCGAGAUGUACAACAACAUUCUUCACAAGUCUCCUGUGCUCAAGCCUAACGUGUCAAACUCAGGCCGGGAACUACUGGAAGGGCUCCUGCAGAAGGACCAUACCAAGAGGCUGGGGGUGAAAGAUGAUUUUCUGGAGCUCAAGCACCAUUCCUUUUUCUCCCCCAUCAACUGGGAUGACCUGAUGGCCAGGAAGAUCAUACCUCCAUUUGUCCCCUCAGUGAGUGGCCCCACAGACCUACGACACUUUGACCCCGAGUUCACCCACCUGCCUGUGAGCUCCUCCCUUUGCAAUACAGAGGCCCUGACUGUGACCAGUAGCAUCAAGGAGGCAGCUGGAGCCUUUCCAGGUUUCUCAUAUGGGCCCCCCACCGGCCACUCCUUCAUGUGAAUCCCUCCAUCUCUUGUCCUCCUCGCAUCCACAGAACGCAGGAGAAAUGAAGAAAAUGCUGUGGAGCCAGAGAGAUGCAGCGUCAGCGCAAUGUGAGGACCUCAAAGGAGCCACCCAUUUGUGGGACAUUACAUGGUCUCCUAAAAGGACUUCUAGUCACUGACAUCACAGACCUGAAUACAGACUGAGCUUGAGGGAACAUGAAGGUUGUGGGGUUUGGGACUUUUGACUUUCCUGCGCCAACUCUUCCACCUCAAUCCCCCCCCCCCCCCCCCCCGAAAGAAUGUGCCAAGCUUGGAAAUGGGGAUGCACUUUCAUGCUCCAUGGACAUUGUUUUGUAACGGUUAUGGGUCUCAUAACUCAUUAGAAAAGUAACAUGAAGAGAAGUGCCUGCAGUUCUAAUGGCAGUUUUGACCAUAUCAACAAAGCUUGGCAAGAGCCAGCUGUAUUAACACAUUGGUCUGUCACUUUUUCAUUGGACUUCUGUCUCGGACUCUAGUCCUAGUAAGCAAUGCCAUCAUGGUGUGUCUGCAUUUGUUGAAGAUUUUACUUCUCAGAGAUCACAGAUGCAUUUGCUGUUUGUUUUUUUUUCUUCGUUUAUAUGCUUAAUUAAACUUGUUUCCACAAGGGUUAAGUAAGUAAAAAAAAAUAACCUGCUCAAGUAUCAAUUGCUACUGUAACUUUUAGCAAGCUGCAUAUCUUUUCAACUCUAAAUUACAGCUUAUUUUUGGGAAAAAAUCGAUAUUCUUUUUUUCAGUUAAUUAAGAUUUAGGCUAGAGGACUAGCUACACUUGGACCAAACAAUUAUACUUCUCAUUAAACUUGAACAUGACCAAAUUUUCCCCACAAACUGCAAUAUGAAUUUCUACUGUAAAGAAAAUGAGUUAUUAUAUUUUAUUUUAAAACCAAGUGUGUUUCCAUGCUCUAAUGACAUCUUUUCACUCCAAGUCCUAGAUAUGUAGUGCUCUAUAUGUCUCAUAUUAUUCAUGCACCUGUUGACCCUGUAAGUGAAUGUCUUUUCUUUCUCUUUCAAUUCCUUCUUGUUUGCUACCAAUGACUGUGUUGACCUACACAUAUCUGCCGUUUGCAGACUUACUGAAAAACUUCUUAAAAUGGAGACAACACAACAGACGGUUCAACCAGCAAUAAUGGACCUGCAGUAACGAUAGCACAUAAUAUAAUGAUUGCUUUUACUUCUUUAAACCGACAGUGAUUUCUGUUUUAUGGCAGACAUGUCAGAGAACUAACUAGAAUCUGUUGUACUUGUUUUAUAGUAAGCGUCAUGUACAGAUACCGAAAUUGUAGACAAUAGAAAAAGAGCUGAGAAUGUCUUGUGCCUGUCCAAGGCGGCCUGGUCCAUGAAUUUGUACAUAUCUUUUCCCUGUUAACUAUAUGGUCCCUAUUUUUGACAAAGCAAAAGUGUGUAUCGGUAACUUGACAAGGAACCACCAGGUUGAGCAGGCAUUUAUUUAACAUGCACCUCCUGUAAAAGUGUUUCAGCCAAUAUGGUUCUUGAAGGUGCAAUAUCAUGUUGUCUUGGGGUGAACAAUAGUCAUCUGAAUGCUUUUCAACUAGGUGUAAAUUGUAAUUUAUGAUCUACUGUAACACUGAAUAAAUUAUUCUGAGGGGAUUUUCAGUCAACAACUAAAGAAAACACAUUAGAGACUGAUGAUGUUUAGGUUUGCCCCAUGUCAAGUAGAGGCAUAUUAUGAGUAUAUUUUCAAGCCUGCCGAGUACAUAAAUGAGGCACGUUUUAGACUAUUUUCUUCCACAUUUGGAAGCUUUACUUAUGUUUAUAUAUAUAUAUAUAUAUAUAUAUUCCAUUUAUAUUUAUUCACAUGCCAUAACGUAUGUUAUAAUAAUGUAUAAAGAUGAAAAUGUCUUUAAAUGGAAUAAACAAAAUAUCAAAUUGUAA